AUGAAAAAGUCAACUACCAUAUUUGAUUUUUUCAAAAGAAAAGUUUCAAAUGAUUUAGAAGCUAAUACUAGUGGUGCAGCAUUGCCAACCAUUAAUGUUGAGGAAAAUCCUAAUGUCCCAAUUGAGGAAAAUCUCGACGUCCCAAUUGAGGAAAAUCCUGAUGAACCUGUUGAGGAAAAUCUUGAUGUCCCUAUUGAGCAAAAUUCUCAAACAAAAUUUCAAAAGGUUGAUAUGAGUUCAUUGCAAUUAGAACUUGAUCCUGGAUUGCGUAGACAAAUAUAUACUUAUCAUGUUGAUCAACGAGAUGAGAUCCGACAACGUUACAUUAAGUUGGGUCCAUACCAGCCUCGUUUUAAAAAAUUUUUAAAAUCUGAGAAGGGUCAAAGCUUUCAAGGUUCUUGGUAUGAAGAUGAUCGCUUUAAGCCAUGGCUUGAAUAUUCUUCUAAAAAAGAUGUUGCUUUUUGUCUACCAUGCUUUCUCUUUAAUAAGCCAACUAGGCAUGACGGACAAAAUGUAUUCACAAUUAACGGAUUUAAGAGUUGGAAGAAAGUUAAAAAUGGUGAAAGUUGUUCUUUUAUUCUUCAUAUGGGGAAAGAUCUUAACUCCACUCAUAGAAUUGCCCAUAAAGCGUGUCUAGAUUUGAUGAACCAGUCUCAACACAUAGACAGGGUAGUGAGCAAUUUCACUUCAGAACAAAUUGCAAAUAAUCGAAUACGAUUGAAGGCUUCAAUUGAUGUUGUUCGACAUCUUUCCUUGCAAGCUAUUGCUUUUAGAGGCCGAGAUGAAAGCUCUACUUCAACCAAUCAAGGAAACUUUCUUACGACAUUGGAUUUGAUGGUGGGCUAUAAUGAUAAUGUUGUUGAAAUAAUGGCAAAAGCUCCAAAAAAUGCCACCUACACAUCACCUCAAAUUCAAAAAGAAAUUCUACAUGUUAUUUCAACCAAAGUGAAGAAGGCAAUUAGGGAAGAAAUUAGUGAUGCAAAGUUUUGCAUAUUGGUUGAUGAAACUCGUGAUGAGUCCAUGAAAGAGCAAAUGGCUGUGGUUUUAAGAUAUGUUGAUACAAAUGGCGUUGUGCGAGAACGAUUUUUUGGGAUUGUUCAUGUUGUUAACACUGCAGCAAUAACCCUUAAAAAGGAGAUAUAUUAUUUGUUCUCUAAUUAUUGCUUAGAUAUCCAAAACCUUCGGGGGCAAGGAUAUGAUGGUGCAAGCAACAUGCGGAGUGAGUGGAAUGGAUUACGAGCUUUGAUUUUGAAUGAUUGUCCAUAUACUUACUACAUUCAUUGUUUUGCACAUCGCUUACAAUUGGCAUUAGUAGGAGCAUCAAAAGCAAUUGUCCCUCUUAAUAGAUUUUUCACUAAAUUGAUUUUGGUUAUCAAUAAUAUUCGUGCUUCAUGCAAACGUAUUGAGCAAUUAAAAAUUGCUAGAGCUUCUGACAUUGCAUAUUUGAUUGAUAUUGAAGAGCUUGAGACUGGGAAAGUGCUUAAUCAGAUGGUCACUUUACAGUGA